AUGUCUCCGGCUCUCAUGUCCUUAUUUCUCGUCAAGACCUAUGUGUACUACAUGGACUACUCGGAUGAUGCCUUGGCCAUGAAGAUCGUGGUUGCUGCCAUAUGGAAAUCAGGAUUCUCGAUACCCUACAUGCCACGUUCAAUAACUAGUUACGGCGUUCCGACGAAUUUGGAGUAUAUUAUCUGGUUUGUAUGCCUUUGCAGUCCAGAAUCACUUCCCACUGAGAUAUGCCAGGUCAUUGCCAGCGACGAUUCUGGUAAAUGCAUUCGUGAUUUCUAUCGUUCAAUGCUUCUUUGUGCAUCAAAUAUAUUACCUCUGUCGCUCUCGUAUGAAGUGGUUAGUGGUUGCCCCAGCUUUGCAAUAGAUCCUAUUAGUGACAGCUCACUUCGAUUCGCUAACCCCAAGCCCGGGGUUCUUGCACAGAUUAUGUUUUCCGGGGUGACUCCCGCUUUGGCCACCGUCGCACUAACUGAGGUUCUGAUUACAGUGUCACUCUGCAUACUUUUCUACGAUAGUGGCUCUGGCUCUGCGUUCCCAAGAACGAAGCGUCUCAUGAACACGCUUAUCAUCUAUGCUGUCAACCGGUGUUUGCUGACUUCACUAGUUGCCCUUGCAGACCUCAUCGUGUUCCUUCAGACCGCUGAUGUCCAAGAUACAUGGUCAAUAGCGUUGGAAUUCGUCGUUGAAAAAUUGUAUGCCAACUCGCUUCUGGCCUCACUGAACUCCCGGGAACACCUUCGAUCAAAGGGUGCAGGUACCCUUUCAGAUCUGCGCAUCAGUGCUGUCCACCUUGCGAACCCGCCACAGCUUCCAGGAAACGUUGAGAGCUCUACGGAUGGAGCAAGGUAG